AUGGCAAAUGAAAGUAUCACUGGUUUUGUUCAAAAUGUUUCACCAAUUCGAUCAGGACCAAAGAAGAACUUCUUUGACUUUCAAUUGCAAACUGAAAGUGACAAGUCGGUGAGAGCAAUAUGCUUUUCUCCUCCCAAACGAAAGCUGUUUGUUGAAUGCGAAAACGAUUCAACCCCUGUUAAAAUCUGCAAGUUUACACGUGACAACAAGGAAGAUUCCAGUGAUAUCUUGAUGGGUGACUACAUUGUCGUCAAAAAGUUGGAGACACAGGACGUUUCUUUUCCAAAGAAGGAUUUGAUUGCUGCUGACUUCAACUUAUCUAUGCUACAAACCAUUUCUCCUCAGCAGCUUGUCAGCUUGAAAGCCAAACUGUUGCACCUGCAGAAAGAACAAGUCAUAAACACCCCACAAGGAGUCCUAAAAAUGGCUGAAGGGUUGUUGGUGGAUGUACAAGGUUCAGCUAAGAUCACUUUCUGGGAAGAUGAUGUAAAAAAGGUUGUGGCUGGCAAGACGUACGAGUUUAAAAAUCUUAGAGUAAAGAAAGACAAACUGAAUGGAAAUCUCUACGUUAAUCCUGCAAAAGGAAUUGGAAGUAUUUUGCCAUGUGAAGAUUUUAAAUGUGAUCUUUUUAUACCUGACUAUGAUCCAAGCCAACUAAUGACAUGCACACUCAACAAAGCCGAGAUUGCUGGUGUUACUGAAGUGCGUCUUGAUUACUGUUGCUUCAAGUGCAACAGCCAUGUGGAAGAGAAGAAGAUCACCACAUGUGAGAAUGCAAGAUGUAAGCUCACACAAAGGCUGGAUAAGUGCAAAAAGAAAUGGUAUGCUAGAGCACUUGUCACUGAAGAUGAUGUGAAUGUUUACGUGGUCUUUCGUGAUGAUGUUCUGAUGAAAGCAUUGUCCCUGUCGGCAGCAAUACCUUCCAACCUUACAAAGGAAUUUAUUGUUGAGAAAUUGCUUCUACUUGAAACCAUUCAACUUACUUAUCAUAGUAGGUCGAAAUUGGUUGAAAGUCUGGAGCUAACUUGGUAG